AUGAGAGCUUCCCUUUGUGCUAUUCGUAAUUCUAAACCAUCAAUAGAAACGAAAUAUGGAACUAUAGGACCUGGUAACGGUUACGGCAUUUAUUGUGAUUCGCCGCUAAAUAAGUCUGGUAUUAUUGGUCCUGGUGAUACUGAUGUUUGGUAUAAAGAUGGGAAAUUAUUACCAUCAGAUAGACAACAAAGGAAAUAUAGCUAUUUUGCUCAUACAAUACAAAUAGAUAAUCUUCAGAAAAAUGAUAGUGGUAUUUAUUCAUGUAAACAACCGGAUGGAACAAUAAAAGAUAUGGUUAGAUUGAUUGCUAAACCGCCGGCACCAUCAGACAUAACAUGCAAAGUUGUCUGA